GUGAUCAAUCGCAACAAAUAUUUUUGGUGUCUGGAUUUCAAUUUACUCGUGGAACAUGAGAUAUAUUGAAAUCGAGAAUGUGACUUUCAAUUCGCUUCAAAUUCUCACAGCAGAAUGUCCCAUCAUGAGCAGGACUUGUGUUGUAGAUUAUGGAUUCCCCAGAAGAUUCACAACUCACGUGUUCGUGUGGGCUUUCUGCAAAAUUAUGGACAUCAAAGACCCACAGAAACCCUUACAGGAUGUUCUACAGUUGUCCCAAGUAUCCAAAUAACCAAUGCGAGUUCUUCCAAUGGUGUGACGAACCACUUCUGACUGGUGACAAACAUUUGGAUGAGCUAAAUCUGAUUGGUAGUGAGUGCAUACGAUUACAAGAGAGGGUCGAUGAUAUGCAACAAGAAUGGGAUAAUGAAAGGGCUGAUUGGAACAGGGAAAGAACGGAAAGAACGGAGCUAACGUUAGAAUUAUCAUCCGUGGUCGAUGAUAUGCAACAAGAAUGGGAUAAUGAAAGGGCUGAUUGGAACAGGGAAAGAACGGAGCUAACGUUAGAAUUAUCAACCGUGAAAGCUGAGCUCGACAAAAUAAAGAACGAAAUCAAGCUUGUGAAUGAGUCCGUUGUAAUGCCUCCACUGGACAAAUUAUCCAAAGAAGACGAGGAGGAAGACGAUGCACUGGUCAUACAAACGAUAUAGAAGGCACGAAAAAAAGAUUAUGCGACAAAUGACAGCUUUUGCAAUUCUGCAUUUUGCUUCUUCUUGUUAUCUCCGUGGCUCUUAAACGUGAUACUAGCUAUCAUAGUUUGUAAAUCAGGUUCAGAGCCUUUGCUAACGUUCUCUUUGUGCUAUUUUGAGUUGGUAUUGUACACAGAGCUGACAGAGAUGAAGCAAUAGUUUCCUGUAAAGAACCUUAAAGGUCUUUUUGGCUUUGUAAUCCACUCUGUGCGGAGAUAUGUGACAAAUUAUAUCUAUAGACUUGAUUAUCCUUCCAUAACUUAUGCUCGUAAAUU